AAAAUAACCAUAAGCUUACGUUGAACGCUAGCUUCUGACUGGCUUAUUGCUCGGAGACCGUGAAACCGACAGCGGACAGCUUAGACAUGUCAUACGUGGUUGGAGCCGACCUUCCGUUACGGCUAUUUCCUCCUCAUUCCGACGACGACAUCUCCGACCGCCUUCACCACAGAUGGACGGUACUGAUUUUGGCCAUCAUGGCCAUUGUUGUCGGCGUGACCGAAUACGUGGGCGACCCAAUCCAUUGUUGGUGUCCUGCAGAGUUCACUGACUCCCACUGUAACUACACCGAGGCCAUCUGCUGGAUAAAAGACACCUACUACAUCCCCCAGACCGACUACGUACCCACAGACAUACAUCAACGGGAGGAGAAGGAAAUCAAAUAUUACCAAUGGGUUCCAAUCAUCUUGCUCUUCUUGGCUCUGUGUUUCAAGGCCCCGAACCUCUUCUGGAAGAUGCUGAACACGAAGAGCGGUGUGAACCUUGAGAAGAUGAUCGCCCUCUGCGAUGACUGCCAAUUUGGAUCUGAACGUGAACAUCAUAUCGAAGUUGUAGGACAUGUCAUAGAUCGCUGGUUGAGGGCAUCAAAGAGGGCAACCUACGGCAUCCUGCAUGUCAUCAUUGAAAAACUCUCCGCAUGCUGCUGUUUCUGUCUUGGAAGGCGAACCGGGACAUACUUAGCUGGACUCUACCUUGGAAUCAAGAUCUGCUACAUGCUUGUUUCCGUUGGUAUGUUGUUCUUACUGAACAAGUUCCUUGCGAUGGAUUAUUGGGUGUAUGGAGCGGAGGUGAUCGAUCACCUGUUGACGAACAAGGAACUACGGGAAUCGCCAAGAUUCCCCAGGGUGACAUUGUGCGACUUCGAAAUUCGUCAAAUGCAAAACAUUCAACGCUAUACGGUACAGUGCGUGCUGUCCAUCAAUCUGUUCAACGAAAAGAUCUUUGCGUUUCUGUGGUUCUGGUUUGUCAUCAUGAUUUUCUUCGGCGUCUACAGCUACAUCAUGUGGCUCAAAAACGUCAUCCUCCCAUCAAAGCGGAUCUCCUAUGUACACAAAUACCUAUGCAGCAUUGAUCGUAAGUUGCAGAAAUCUCAUGCUGAGGGUAAGUUCACGCGAGAUUACCUUGCCACGGAUGGAGUGUUUGCGCUGAGAAUGCUGGAGUACAACACGAAUGAGAUGGUUGUGUUGGACAUCAUGAAGUUCUUAUGGGGCAAAUUCGGAGAGAGCGUCGUCGUCUAAUUGUUGUUUGGGUUGUGGAACUGAUGUUGUUUGGAGAUCUUUCACCGGUGCUUACGAAUUGUUCUCUUGAAGCAUUUUUUCUCAUUUACUUAAUUAAACCCCUGAAUCAUUGCAUUAAUGACUUAUAAUCAAUACCUUCUGUUUAAACCCAUCCUCUAAGUCAUUUACAUCAAUAAGUCUAUUAUAAGCGUUGUAUUACAUAAUGUGUGUGAUAUGGCUUCUUUAUUGUACAGAGAAGUCCUAUAAAUGUGGCAUCCCACUUUCCAGGGGUUACGAGCACGUACGCACUCACUCACACACACAUUCCAAAAUUCACACUACACACACACACACACACACACACACACACUACACACUACACACUACACACACACACACACACACACUAAAGUGUUUUCAUAUACAUUUUCUUUAAUAUUUCUUGAUCGCAAAUCAUAUCAUAUCAUGAAAAUGCAGAGUCUUUAUUGCAUAUUCACUCCGUGGCAAUAUUGCAUUAUGAAGUUGAUGUACAGUACGUGCAUACAUAUUUACAUGUUACAUAUCAAUAUGUCACUAUGUCAAUAACAGUGAUUUUUAUUUUGUUAACAUAUUUCACUUAUGUAUACUUUCAUUAUCAUACUUUCAAUAACGCACAAAUUAUUACAAAAUUAUAUAACGCUCAAAUUUCGAUUGGAAUACUAGUUGUUUUUAAAAUUGAUUUCAUAAAAAAAGUCUCCGUAUGCUUCUACGUGUUCUGAAAAUGUUAGAAGACGGGUUUUUUCGCGGCUCCAGAAGAAAACUUAAAAAUACAACAGUCUGGAUUAUAGAAUCAGUAACGAUUUUAGAUGACGCUUACCGGAACGAUUGUACUUACAAUUACUAAUUUUUGGAAGCGUGCGAGUUCGAUAAUCAAAAUAUUCUGUUGGUUAUGGGUUUUUUAUUUACUUGUAAAACUGCAUUUAGUUAUGACAUGUAUUCCUUGUUUGAUAGUUUUCCCUGGUUGUGUUGCCUUUUUUCAUAGUUUUUACAUUCACCCCUUCAUAUAUUUGCUGUGGUACAUAUCAUAUUCUGUGUUAGUUCGAUGUUAUUAUUUUGUUGUUGUGUGUUAACUUGGUGUUGUUAAUUGGUUGUGUGUUUGUAAUUUAUUUCGGAUCAACACAUCUUUACAUUUUUUACAUUUCGCCAUAUUUCACUUUACGGGACAAUGUUUCCGGUCUUACGUCAUCUACUUUACCUAAAUAAUAAGAGGGCAGCACAGACAUGGCAGCAUGAGGAACCGGUUAUAUAUUGGAAGGGGUGAUUUAAAUGGGAAAAAGCGAGGGUGGGCACAGAAGGUACACGGCCAAAGAGAGAAAUGAUGUUAGUGAAGUGAGUGAGUGAGUAUGGUUUUACGCCGUUUUUAGCAACAUUCCAGCAAUAUUACGGCCGGGGACACCAGCAAUGGGCUUCACACAUUUUACCCGUGUCGGGAAUCGAAACCGGGUCUUCUGCGUGCCGAGCGUACGCUUGAGCCACUAGGCUACCCGAUCGCCCCUGAUGUUAGUGGAAAAUACACAUAUUAAGGGGGUGGUCUUUACACUAAAUUCACUGUAUUCAUAAGUUACAACACUGACGUUAAUGAAUAUCCGUGGGAUUUCAUGGAACUACCUUCCCGCUUGUAAUGUGGCCUGACUGGGAGGUACUUUUUACUACUCAAAACAAGUUAAGGAUCACCCACAAUUGGAAGGCUGUUACAAUACCCACCAGCCAUGACAGAUUAACUCUAGUCACAUGAACAAAAUUUGGUGUUCUGUAACUUCAUUUGAGUGGUAUAAUUGUAAAUAGACAUGCUUCUAUUUAAAUUUUAAUUUCUUUUGAUUCUAAAACUGUAUUUUUUAUAUAUAUCUAUUUAUAAACUGAUCAUAUUAGUUUUAAAAAAAAUAAUAUUAUGGGGAAGAUAUCGUUUAAUGCUGUCAUAGAUCAAACAUAAAUCCAACCCUAUUGUAAAACCGGCCUGAGAGCUGACAUACCUAUUUUUGGGUGGUGGGUUUGCACAUACAGUAAACUACGGUUAUAACGAACUACGGUUAUAACGAACUAAAAAUAGUAGUCCCUUUGAGUUCGUUAUAACCGUAGUUUACUGUAUAUUUAUAUUGUUCGAUCAUGUCCUCUGUAAUUACAGAACAUGAUACAAGGUCGAGCAGAAAUGUAACUAACAAUAUAAUAUAUAUGACUUUUUUCAUAUUCAUAUAUAUAUAUGUGAUAAUCAUCAACAUGGCUACGAAUAAAUUGUUUUAUACACCAA